AUGGCUUUUGUUUUCUCAGCCAGUUCACCGUCUGUAAGGUUGGCUUCCGCCGACCUCGGUGGCGGAUGUUUUCUUUUUCGUGACGUUGACGACGCCAACCCAAGAACGUGCAGCCCUCCUCACACCAGAGCUCGGGCCCUUGCUGUACAUCCCGUUCAAGACGAGUACCGAUAUUUGGGCCUUGACCGGGUGGCAACCUUCACAGUCGGGGCUGACGAUAAGUCAGGGGCACUCUGCGGACUGCUGAAGAGGCCAGCAGCUGCCCUAGUCGGCGCGCCCGAUCGCAUCGGCCCCCAGUGCUCUUCCGCUCAAUCGGCUCCGCCGACAAGACAAGAGAGACUCUCGGCCUAG